CGGUCCUUGUGCGGCCGUAGAAUACCCUAUAGAUUAUAUUAAAACCAGACGGUGUCGUUCCGAAACAAAACUUUUCUAUUCGUAUAAGUCGGUUUCAGACCCAGAUUUCAGAAUUAUCUUUGGUUGUGAAGGCUAGGAGCGAGCUAUUCAUCGAAACAGGCGUAGAAUUGAAAAAUAUUGUAGCUGGAUUCCCAAGUUUUUGAACAUUUGGAAGUGAUAAGUUAGGAAAGUUGAGUUAUUUCAUUGGGUUGGAAUUAAUGGCGUCGUCUUCUGUGAUAACCCCAGAAGAUGUGUUGGAGUCGUUAAUGAAUGAUGGUACCAUCGAUGCUCUUAGAUUGAAGAUCAUCAACCAGCUUAAAGCUAAUGAAGAGCUUAAAAACAAUACAAUUAAAAUGGCAGAACAAAGUAAAGUUCUUAACACUCCUGGGGCAGAAAAACAGACCAAAAGGGAGCUUUUUGAUGCGCUCCGGCAGGAACUUGAGACUCCCGUGCUUGAGAAGGCGUCAAAGGCUGUCUGGGAUUUAAUUUUAGAUGGUAAUGUUCUGGGGAAGGAAAUAAGUGAUACAGUUGAAAGAGUAUUUUGCCGAUUGAGUGGCAGGGAACCUCCAUUGUUUCCUCUUCCUAAUGGUGAAACUCAACCUGGUGGAGAACUUGCUAAUGAUAAAGGCAAAGGAAAGGAGAUUGAUAAUGAAAGUGAAAAGGAUAAAUCAAAUUCUGCGGCAAAGAAGAGGAAUUAUACAGAAAUGAACGCUGGAGAGGAAAAUGAAGUUGCAAGCAAAUCUGAUGAUCCUCCAUCUAUGCUGGAAGACUCUAGAAAAUCACCUCUGACAAGUUCGAAGACUUGAGUUGCUAUAUCAAAUGAGUUAGACACUUUGUAUGAUUAGGGCAAAUGGUGCAAAUUCUUUUUCUCAUCAGAAAGAUUUACCUGUGUAGAAUUUUACUUUAAGAAGUUUUUGGCCACCAUCUCACAAGUAUUGUGAAUGUACGUGUGAAGAGUGAUUAUCCAAGUUGGUUUCUUGUUUGAACUAUCUCUCACUUAUUGUUGGGUGGAAGAUAAAAGAACUUCUUGUACUUGGCCAUCUUUUGUGAAAUAAAUUAGUAUGCUUGCAGUUUAGUAUUUCUUA